UUUCGUUAAGUAAAAUCAAUGCAUUAACAUACUCGCAGCCUUUUCAGCGAGAGAGCGCUAGUCCUGUCCAACUUUGAGUACAAAUUCUCAAUCUCCGGAGCUCUGCCUCUGUGAUUCCUCAGAAAAUAGUUUCUCUUCACACUCAGUUUCACACGUUCGCACUGAAGUACCGUGAAGUUGCAGCAUUGAUCCGGCCACCAGUCCAGAAAUGGAUAUUAAAUGUUAUUAGUGUACCCCCGGGACGGACGCCGGUCAGACAAGAAGAUGCCCCCAGAGCUGGAUUCUGACGAUAGCGAUGUGGAGAAGUCACCGUCCACGGAAAGUCAGAAGUACAAAGUUCACUCACAUCUUAACACGGACUACGGCAAGAAAUCUAAGAGGGACACCAUAGACAAUAUGUUCUCCUACAUCAACAGGGACUUACUGAUCUGUAAGCUGUUUUAUUUUUUCUUCUUUGCAGCCUUUGGGUCGCUGUUUCCUUUGCUUGCCAUCUAUUUUAAACAGCUGGCUAUGAAUCCCACCAGGAGCGGUAUUCUGAUCGGCUUUCGGCCCUUUGUGGAGUUUUGCAGUGCCCCUUUUUGGGGAAGUCUAGCCGAUAGGUACAAGAAGGGGAAACAGCUACUUUUAUUUUCCUUACUGUGUUGGAUAGUAUUCACUCUAGCAAUAGCGUUUGUGAAACCCCCGCACUACAAAUGUAUAGAGUUUGGGAAUUCCACCCUUCAUGGACCGCCACAAGGCUUUGAUAGCCGAGGGGUGACCGACGUCAUUGGGAGAUGGAAGAGGGAUGUCCGUGACGAUUUUAUUUAUUCCCACAGUGAAAUGGUACACGCUGCAGUAUUACAUGUGCAAAGCCGAUUUAAAAGAGCACAAGAAAUACCUAAUAAUUAUUUCUCUUCAACUGUACUUACCUCUGCUUUACCCACAAAAUCAACCCUAGACAAUAAUACAUCAAGCACAACAACUAAAACCACGUCUUCCAAGCCUUCCCCCUCAUCAUCAGACGAGAGGGACACCGGGGAAUACACGUGUCCCCCUCACAGUACCCAGUGCUUCAAAAACACGGACAUACAGGAUACCUUCUUUAAGCUUCUUCUGCUAGUAGUUAUAGGGGAAUUCUUCAGCGCACCUGCCAUUACGUUCGUGGAUUCUGUCACCCUUGCCUAUCUAGGGGAGGACACGGAUAACUACGGCCGUCAGAGAAUGUUUGGGUCCCUGGGGUGGGGUGUCUCUAUGUUUUUUGUUGGGCUUGCUUUAGACCAUUCCAGCACAUUUCCAAAUCACCCAUGCAUGUAUACAUUUGUUACAGAGAAGAACUAUACAAUAUGUUUUGCCGUGUUUUCAGUUUUGAUGAGUUGUGCUUUCAUCACAGCAACGCAACUGAAGUUUGAUGACCGUCAUGGCGGAGGUCAGGAUAUUCAGUUGAUGGAAAUUGUUACGAGGGUCAAGGACAAAGUUGUUGGAGCAAUAACGGGAGAGAAAACGGACAAAAAGGGGAUUUUUAAGAGUGAUGAAGAUGCUGAAAUCGGGUAUUUGGAGUCUAAAGCGAGCGAAUCUAACUUGGAGCGAAUGGAAACACAAGACCCUUCCUACCAAAACCAAAACGGAGGUGGAACAAUGAACGAGAAUGGUAAAAACCUUCAUAUCUCGCUACAAAAGGGGAACAAUGAUAUGGUGGAUGAUGCUGUUAAGACAUCUGGGUACACAAAGGUCAACGGCCCGGAUGAUGAAGACGAUGAGCCGUUCCUCGGGAAAUGGUUUGCUGUGUUGAAGAUGCUGGCCACAUUCCGGUACAUAUCGGUCCUGUUUAUUUCCUGGUUUAUGGGGUUUGGGAUCGGCCUCAUUUUCACCUUCCUAUUCUGGCAUUUACAAGACAUCGGCGGAAGUCCCACUCUGUUUGGUGUCGCCUCCGUCUUCAACCACGUGUCGGAGUUGAUUACUUACUUCUUCAGUAGAAACAUCAUCAAUAGAUUCGGUCAUGUUAAGAUUUUGUACGCUGGUUUAGUGGGUAACCUGGCCAGAUUUAUAUACAUUUCCUUGCUCCAGAAUCCAUGGUGGGUGCUACCGUUUGAGUUUGUGCAAGGUCUGACCCACGCUGCGGUGUGGGCCGCGUGCUGCUCCUACAUUACCCAGGCUAUUCCACUGGGUCUUCGUUCCUCCGCCCAAGGCAUCCUUCAGGGUCUGCAUCAUGGUUUAGGUAGAGGCUGUGGGGCCGUGUUUGGGGGACUCAUGGUCUAUGGCUACGGCAGUAGGAUUACAUUCCGGAUAUACGGAGUCACGUGUUUAGUGGUGCUUGUAUUUUACGUUUCUCUGCGGUAUCUUUUGGAAGACAGGAGUUCUUUCAGUUAUGGCGGGAAACAGAAGCACGAACGUAUGGAGGAGGAAUCGCCUACCUGUCACUUAGCUCCGCAUGGAGUUCCAUCCGGAAUGGCUCGGGAUUUAUCCAGUAGUAAACUGAAUGCAGGAUAUAACCAGCCAGUAUAUGGAACGGCCAUUAAAGAGUCCUUUGAUCAUUCCACCGCGUUUCUUGAGAAACUGUCUCAGGGCCCGGAGCAACGGGAUUACCAUGGAAACAUGCCACAGAUGUCCACCCAAGCAUACCAGCAACAACCUCAAGGCAACCCUAAUCCUUUCCGGCCCUGAUGGGAAAUGACGUCAUGAUAUUGUGCUCAUCUCGCCCUUUCAAGUUCCAUCGAACUCUCUCAUGAGCUCAUAUUUAUUGAUGCUCUCAAGCAAUUUGUCUCUCUUUACAGAUUGUAUAGGUGAUGAAAAGUUGCAUAGAAAAAAUAUGUCAACUAGCAUAUAGGACAAAGGAAUAUGACAAAUCUUAGUCGUUGCGUAUGUAGUAUUUAGAAUUGUGGAAAACCACAGUCCGUAUUUCAAACAUGCCUAUUUUGGACACAUAGUUGUAUAUUAAUUUUAUCAACAUAAUAUUACAGAAUGUCGUAAGAUGAUUUACUCUAGAUCUGCAGGUGUAUUGUUUAUGCUGUUAAAAAUAAUACAGAAACAAUGUGUGUCUGUCCCGUGUGAGCAUUUUGGUUUAUAAAACAUACGUGUUUACUAGGGUGCGUUACGCAUUAGAUGCAUGAUAAGUUAGUCGUGAAACUGUUGGAGACUAAGUCUCACUGUAGUGAUAUGGUCUUGAAUUUGACAUAUACGAGUUAUACCUAUGUUGUUAUGAAAGUAAAUUAUAGAAAAAGAAAA